ACCGCGUUUAGAGAGGGUGCGGGCGGGAAGGGGUAGCUAGUGUUUUUGCGUAGGGCCUGGCUCGCCCUUUGGGGCUGCGCCGCGUUAGAAGCGUAAAACUCCUUCCAGCAUCGGGGCCCGGCGGUAGGUCCCGCCUCAGGACAAUAUAUUUUUCAAGUACUUCAAGUAUUCUUGCACAACGAGGAAAAAGAAGAAACAUUUCAGUGAAUGAGGAGUUUUUUGCUUCUAUAGUGUUUUCCUUGAGAAGUGGGUCUUUGAAUGAGGAUGACAAUGGAAGAGAUGAAGAAUGAAGCAGAGACCACUUCUAUGGUUUCCAUGCCCCUCUAUGCUGUUAUGUACCCUGUCUUUAAUGAGCUAGAAAGAGUAAAUCUAUCUGCGGCGCAGACACUGAGAGCAGCUUUCAUUAAGGCUGAAAAAGAAAAUCCAGGUCUUACACAGGACAUCAUUAUGAAAAUUUUGGAGAAAAAAAGUGUGGAUGUGAACUUCACAGAGUCUCUUCUGCGUAUGGCAGCUGAUGAUGUAGAAGAGUAUAUGAUUGAAAGACCAGAACCAGAAUUCCAAGAUCUUAAUGAAAAGGCACGAGCACUUAAACAGAUUCUUAGUAAGAUUCCUGAUGAGAUCAAUGACAGAGUGAGGUUUCUUCAGACAAUCAAGGACAUCGCAAGUGCAAUAAAGGAGCUUCUUGACACAGUAAAUAACGUCUUCAAGAAAUACCAGUACCAGAACCGGCGGGCACUUGAGCACCAAAAGAAAGAGUUUGUAAAAUACUCCAAAAGUUUCAGUGAUACUCUGAAAACCUAUUUUAAAGAUGGAAAGGCAAUAAAUGUGUUCAUAAGUGCCAACCGACUAAUUCAUCAAACCAACUUGAUACUCCAGACCUUCAAAACUGUGGCCUGAAAACUGUAUAUGUUGAGAGUUGUACUUUUCAAUGGUGGAUAGGGUACCUUUAUAUGUAAAUUUUAAAGUUUUGACUGUAUAAAUUAUAAGCCCCUCUUGAGGGGCCUAAUGCAGGAUUUUGAAUGGGAUUAUUGCCAUCUUACACCAUAUUUUUGUAAAACAUUGUAGCUUAAUCAUAAUCUCACGAUGAAGAUUUUGCAUCACUUUUUGCUAUUAUCAUUCUUUUCAGAAUUAUAAGCCAAAAGAAUUUACGCCUUAAUGUGUCAUUAUGUAACAUUCCUUAUAAGAAUUGUAAAUAUUUGGUGUUCUGUUUCUGACAUUUUAACUUGAAAGCGGAAAACUGCAGAAUUAUGUAUUUAACAAUAUUGGUGGCAAAUAUUCAAUAAAUAGUUUACAUCUGUUAGAUUGUCUUUUUGUAUGUGAAUAACAAUGCAUAACUCAUCUUUCUAGAACUGCAGAACAUUCAUUAAAUGGAAAGAUUAAAACUACUUGGGUGCUUAAAGCUACUGGCAAUUCAAAUCAGUAUAUAAUGAGGGUUUUUCCUUAAAGCUGAGAUUUUUGUCUGUGGUCUAAUAGUAGACCGGAAUAAUUCUAUUAAAAUGUCUUUGGCAAAAUAAUAAAGAAACCUAGAAGUGAGGUGUGCUUUUGUUUUUGAUAGGAACUAAAUCCCACUUCUCUACAGCUCUGUUGAUGGUGAGUUAACAGUUUUUUACUCUUAGACUACUCUGAAGUUUUGAGCAGAGGGUUGCUUUGAAUAUAUGCAGCUGACUAUGCAGUAAAGGGUGAAUUUAACAUAUAACUGGGUUUUACAUUGCUACCAUUUUGGGAGAGAGACUAGAACUCUUCACGUAGCACUAGUGAUGUCUAUACUAUGCAUGCCAGUAAGGCAACUUUUUCAGGGAUUGAAGUCAUGAGACCUCGGUUGACAAAAUUUAUCUGGGUAGAUGGUUAAGAACUGCUGGUGGACAGAUUGAAACUUUAUCUUUGUGAUUUCAUCGUAAUAUUUCACAGUAAGUUCUGAUGGAUAUCUUGCAUGCCCCUUUGAAAUGCACCUUGAGUUUAUUUUUGAAAUAGAAUUGUUAUAGAAUAAGGAGAAGUCUUUGAUAUAUUUGCAUGGCCAUAACUAGUAAGUUUAGGAAAGAAUGCAGUUUAUAAAACUGCACAGGCUGUUGAAGGAACAUCACUUCAAAGUGAAAGAGCAAAAUUGCUACAGAUCUAUUCCUUCUUUAGGUAUAAUUGAUGAAGAAGAGGUACAGCCAGACUUUUCUUGUGUACUGACCUGGUGCUCUGUUACUCACAUGGGGCAAGUGCCUUAUCCAGAGUUCAAUAGCUGGGUCUUCAAAUUUGGUAUUCUGCUUAAGUGAUGUAAAAGGGGAAAAUAAUAUCUUCAGCCCUCCAAAAUAGCACCGGAUGUUCUGCUGUAUGUCUGUGCAUGGAAAUGUUUCCUUGAUGGAAGCACGGACUAUAGUCAAAUAUAACAGUGGGAAGGAGAGUGUUAAGUAAAAGUGAGAUCUUGGUAGUAUUGAUUGUGAAUUUCUUGGUUACAGAAGCUUUAAAUGGGACAUGGCCCUUAAAGCUUGCUGUUCAGGCUGUUUUCUCUUGACUGGCUUUUUGUGUUUAUGAGCAAGUCGAGGGAUGCAUCUACAGUUUGUAGUUAAAACUUUGUUAGUUAUUAAAGCUUGGCAUGCUAAACUGUAAUUUCUUGAAAAGUGGUAGAAGAGAAGCAAUGUUAGCAGUCACAAAGGAGGCAUCCUGACUAAUUUAAAGUAAUAUUUAAUUUGCAUCUUUUGAGUACUGUAAGUAAAAAGGUUGAGAAGUCUUUUUUGCAGAUGAUGUUAACUUAAGUUGUAGUACCAAGGGACUUAAUGAAAACUAAUUAGUUAGAAAGGGAUAGGCACCCAGAGUUUGUGAUGCUUCAUUUAAUUUGAAAAGUGUGUUUUGGUACUGAGGAGGCUGCACCAGUGGCUGUAAGGAGAGACAUGAAAGCUUGGGUUAUAGUUUGUGAAUUGGAUUUAAUUCCAGUAAAAUUCUGAGGUUUUUUUUCUAUUUUCUUGGAUUGAGAACUACAGUAGGUAGUGUGGAAAGUCCUUAUUAGUUGAAUGAUAUCAUGUUUAUGUUUGCAGAGGAUGUGGAAAAAAAAAAAAAAGAAUUCACCCAAAACUGACUUGGUUCCCAAAGGAGAUGCUGUAUUAUGUCCUGCUAAUUGAUUCCUUGAAGUUAAAAUCAAAGAGGCUAUCAAUAAAUGAACUAUUCCUGUUCAUUUCUUUCUACAGCCUAUAUUGGGUAAAAGGUACUAAGUAUAGAGCUAAGCUUCAGGUAGUCUGGCCAAUGUGUUUUGGGUUUUCUGUAACCUUACUGUGAUCUUUUUGUUACACUUUAAAAGUAAUGGAAAAUUAUUCAUUGUAAUCAAUGUCUGGCAAUGGGAAAACUUGAAAACUUAUGUCUUCAGGUCACACUUUUCUGUUGUAUGCAGUGAAUUCAUAUCUAGUGGUCUUAAAAAUGUUAUUUUCCACUGAGUAUGAGCUGGGGCAUAUGUCUGUUAAUUUGUAUUGCUGUUUUGCACUUUACUAUUCGAGUUACCUGAGUAGCCAACAGUAAGUUUCUCUUAAGGAUUUCUAAUACAGCAGUUAGUGUUGCAAAAUGCUAUUAGAAGAUUUCUGCUGUGAAUGUGGGUUAUAAUUGAUAUGCUAAUGUUAACAUACAGAAAACCAAUCUAAUAAACAAAAUAAAACUUUGUAUAUUUGUUAAUGAAGCAAAGAAAUGUCUUAAUCAAUUGUUUUGAUCUUUCUCAGCCUA